AUGACAUCUGCAGCGUUUGUCUUCAUUCUGACGUGUUUGGUCCUGGGGUCAAAUGCCCAAACUGUAAAUCAGUAUUGGUCUGCAGCUGUUCAUCAUGAGAUACGAGAAACUGGAGAGAAUCUGACUCUGAAGUGUGUUUCUGACGAUUACAGUUCUCCAUGGGUUUAUUGGUUCAAGCAAAGUCUUGGAGAAAAACCCAGACCCAUUUCUUUAAUUGGCAGAUAUGGAACAGAUAAAAGUUUCUAUGGUGGGUUUAAGGACAAUCCACGCUUCACACUGGAUACUCAAAGUGGUAAAAAUGACUUAACAAUUUCGGAUUUGCAAAUGUCAGACUCAGCCAUUUAUCACUGCAUAAGUUCAGAUAUCUCUGUGUUAGAAUAUCUAGCGACCAUCACAGUCAGUGUGAAGGGUUCAGGUGUGAGCGUCCCAGCUCUGGUCCAUCAGUCAGAGUCUGAAACCAUCCAGCCAGGAGGCUCUGUGACUCUGAACUGUACAGUCCACACUGGAACCUGUGAUGGAGAACACAGUGUUUACUGGUUCACAAACUCUGAGGAAGCUCAUCCAGGACUCAUUUACACCCAUGGAGGCAGGAAUGAUCAGUGUGAGAGGAACCCUCACUCACACACUCACACUUGUGUCUACAACUUGGCCAUGAGGAGCCUGAAUCUUUCUCAUGCUGGGACCUACUACUGCGCUGUGGUCUCAUGUGGACACAUACUGUUUGGAGACGGGACCAAGCUGGACUUUGGAGAUGAGGUGAGCUCUGGUGUCUUGGUGUAUUCUCUGAGUGGAGCUUUGAUAUCUGCAGUUAUCCUGAUAGUUGUCCUGGCCUUCUUAUUGUACAAGAUGAACAAAAGAAUCUGCUUCUUAUCUCAAGAGAUACAAGCAAGAUUUUCAGCUCCCUCCACAACAAACAUGGAGGGUAACAGAGGAGCAGACGACGUCUGUUAUGCCGCUGUGAACGUUAACAUGCCCAACACAUCAAGAAGACAGAGAAACACAGCCAGAGAUGAAUGUGUGUAUUCCAGUGUGAGGCAGUAGAAGUCACCAUGGUUCAUCUUUUACUACGUCACUUUAAACUGAUGU